GGGAGAGGUAACAUAAUAGAUAAGGUUCAUGUGGUGGCCAGAUGGCUACAUAGAACUCAUUGUUACGUUGGACAAAAAUUCAUCACAUUUUCUGUUCUUCACCUGCUCCUUGCCGAGAUGUCUUCCCUUUUCAGAUCGGAGGAAAUGACAUUGGCUCAACUUUUUCUUCAAGCUGAAGCAGCUUACACUUGCGUGAGCGAACUUGGAGAGUUGGUACGAAACUAAGUGAAACUCUCAAUCCGAUAGAUUUAGUGUAGUCUAGUUAUUUAUUUUAAUGUACCUCUACUGUUUUCUUUGAUAAAAUAUACUGAGCUAUGCCAUUCGUUUUCUUCCUUAGGGCCUAGCACAGUUUCGAGAUGUAAGUACAAAAUGACAGUGUUCAGCUGCAUUCGAUUCGUAUUGACAUGUUUAAAACUUCUACGAGAGAUCAACAGAAAAUUACUUUUCAAUGUCUUUUGCUCGCCAGUUAAAUCCAGACGUGAACGCUUUUCAGCGUAAGUUCGUUAAUGAGGUGAGACGAUGCGAGGAGAUGGAAAGAAAACUUCGUAAGUGGACAGGGGAGAUUUUAGAUGUGUCCUAAUUUGGUCAUAUUUACUCUUAUCGUUAGCUUAAUAAAGUUGGCAUAAUUUUCAUUGUAGGAUUCUUAUACAAGGAAAUUGAAAAAGCAGAUAUACAUGUAUCAGAAGCCAUAGAAUAUCCAGAAACUCCUCAAUUACGAGAGAUGAUUGAUCUUGAGGUUGGUAGAAAUUAAGAUUUUUAUUGAAAUACAAAACACACAAGGUAUUCCUCCAUCUCCUCAUCUCUUAACACUUUAACUCUCAGAAAUGAGCAACAGAUAACUUCUCCCUACAAAAUCCAUGCACUAUCCAGCAAACAGGUUAUGAGAGUACUCAAAUGUAUCAGGUAGAAGUUGUUAUCUUGAUCUAACACCAAGUUCUCACAACACAGUUAUUUUUAAGGAAAUGUGCAGCAGCUAGAGGGGAGAAUUAACAAUAAGAUCUUGGGAGUUAUUCAUUUCUAACACUUGUUUAUUCAUUCUUCCAUUUACUUUCUCUUUUUCUUCUUUUUUAGGCCCAAUUUGAGCAGCUUGAAAAUGAAAUGAAAGACAGCAACACAACUUAUGAGACCCUUAUGAAGAACUCUUUGGCACUGACAGAAUUCAAACACAUUUUACAAAAAACUCAAACCUUCUUUGAAGAGGUAAUCAAACAUAUCUGUACUUGAAAAAGCUCCAUUUUACUACAGUGUAUCCACUAAUUUGUUGCUAAUUAAUGGAAAUAAUGUAGAAAAAUGUUUAAACUGAAAUGGAAAUGGUGUAUCCCUAAUUAUAGGCUGGAUGGAUUUGCAUGAGUCUGUUCUUGGUCUCUUAAUACAGAAAAGGAGUAUCUUUACCUCCCUUGGAUGGGAUAUGCUCCUUUGUCUUUUUACCAAGAGAGCAAAGUGUCAUGCCCAUAGCCAUGACAGUCUGUGACUCUUUCAGGGCUUCAUCAGUGCAUGACCUUUUAAUCCUGAGUCAGUGCACAAAUGUGCUAUAAUUGGGAUAACCACUCAAAAAUCACAGAAAAAUUGUUUUGCGAUUGAAAGAAGGAGUUUUUCAUCUUGUCUCAUUUUGGAUCAAAAGCAAAAAUUCCAGGGCCUCAGGAGGAAUCAUUUUAACCUCCAACCCUCAGAUUCUGUACAUCACUGCUCCACUGUUGGGGUAUUGAGAACUCCGUGGUGAGCUGGGCCAUAAUUAGGUUCUUAUGUGAAAAGUGUCCUUUAUAUUAUGGGGAUCGGCGAUGUUAAAAGCUUAGUGUGAGUUGAUAAAAGCUGUGUCCCUGAUCAUCAAAGAGUUUUCUUGGUUAAUGGUUGUGAGCAUGCAUGUAUGGGAGCAGGUAAUCAAAUCUGAGGGUCUUUGGUUCUAAAUCUCUGAUAAGGAAAGUAGAAUUUUCCUUCAUUUCUCAAUUGUCAAGACAAGACAAAAUGCAUAAUUCCUGGCUUAUUUCAUUACAGAGCUCAAAAUUAACCAUCUUUCUCAAAUCAUUUAUACACAAUUUGCAAAUUGCAUUUUAUUUUCAUUCUAGGCUGCCUUAGAGGGAAAUCAACAAUUAAUGCAUGAAUCACAGAGGAGUGAUUUACAGGCACUCACAGAAGAUGAUGCAAUGGAUGAAAUGGGAAAAGAAACUCAACUGGGGUGUGUUUACCAGUUUAUUUAUAAGUAUUUUAUAUAGAUAUAUUCACCAUGGUAGAUGUUUUUGUUACAUUCUGCAAAAUUGAUAAAUAAACCAAGAAUAGGCUGACACCUUUUUUCAGCUCUUUAAGUGUGCAAACAAAACAAGUCUAAUGUAUCCUUUACUGUAUUUUAAUACCUGUAAAUUAAUUAUUAAGAGAUACGUUGAGAGGACCAAAUUCCCAUUCAUGCAUGAACUUAUUGGGAACCAGACAUUCCAGUUGUAAAUAAUACAUUCAAGUGUUUUUUUUAUUUUAUCAAAUUUUGUGCUCAUAAUAUAACCAAGAAAUGCCUUGCACUGUUUAUUACCUAGCUAUCCAAUUAAAUUAUCAAAUGGUGAACAUGACAUUCCUUGGUCAAUUAUAAGAAUUUUGGUUUGUGAUGGAACUUGCAAAAGAUAAUCCUACAUUUGAGCUUUAAAAUAUUUUGCUCACAACAUUAGUAUUUUGGUGCUCAUGAACAAAAUUGGAGGGCUCAGAGCAAGAACGAUCCCUUGAUUUUUCAGCCAUUUUUGAAAGUGUCCACAUGCCAAAAUUCAACUACUUCUGAACACUUUCAAAAAUGGCCAAAAAAUCAAGGGAUCGUUCUUGCUCUGAGCCCUCCAAUUAUUGUCUUCUUUUGUAGUUUUGUCACUGGAGUCAUAGUGCGUGAGCAAAUGCCUUCAUUUGAACGUCUUUUGUGGCGUGCCUGUCGAGGAAAUGUGUUGUUAAAACAGGCAGAAAUAGAGACUCCUUUGGAAGAUCCAAGCACUGGAGACCAAGUCAACAAAUGUGUCUUUAUUAUAUUUUUUCAAGGAGAUCAGCUCAAAAGCAGGGUGAUGAAAAUUUGUGAGGGGUGAGAAAUGUGUUUUGUUAUCUAACUGUUGUUGUUGUUGUUGUUGCAUUAAGCCUAUCAACAACAAAAAAAUGUAUUUAUUUUUAGCAAUUAAAAUACAUAUCUAGCCAUCACUGCCUGCAAAAUAGUAAAGCUAAUUGAGGUGGCAGGGAAACAAGCAUUAACAUAAAUUCCUAGUCAACAACAAGUUUGACUGACCAGAGGAAAUGAUUAAGAAAUGACUAUGUUUGGAAGGAUUUUGUCAAAAACAACAGAAUAGACAACAGUGCAACUUUUACAACAAUAUAGGAACUCCACAGAUAAAGGGCAUGUCUAAAGUCAUGUGUAAUUCUUACAUUACCCUACAAUACCUGUCACCCAAAAGGUGUGCUAUGUUAUGUUAUUUACUUACUAACAUAAAAGACAAGGAUGAGGCAAACAGCAGACAAUAAGCGGUUUAAAAGAUCAUAGGGAACAAAAUCCUUGAUCUGUUUCUUUCCAUAUGUAUGGUUGAAUUUUCUGCAGAGUGAAUUUAAUUGUGUAAAGAUUUUAAAUCAAUGAUAGAAUCGAACAUGUAUUGAGCAGUACCGUAGUGCACAGUCACCCAGUAUAAGGGGAUUCAUUUCUAAACCCUCCCAACUUCUUUUCAUUAGUAUUGUUAGUAAUUUUCUCCUCUAUUAAGUGGUCACCUCUAUCAAACAAUGAUAGUCACCCUCAACUGAGUCCCAACAGCCUGUGUUUAUUGUAUGCCCUCCACCAGUAUGGAACAUUCAUGUAAAGUAAUAUUUAAUCCAAGUUUAUUUCCUGAAUUCAAGGGUAGUUGUAUUUUUUAGCAAGUUUGUGUACAUUAUGGCAUAAAAUGGUGUUUUUUAUUGUCUUCUAUUAAUUAAUAAUACCCCUAUUCUGUGGAACCUGUAUCAAUCCUUUAACUCCCAGAAGUGAUUCACAUGUAACUUCUCCCUACAAUAUUCACCCACUAUGCAACAAACAGGUAAUGAGAAUACUCAAAUGUAUCAGGUAGAAGUUGUUAUCUUGAUCUAACACCAAAUUCUUGCUACUAAUUUACAAGGAAAUGUGUAGCAGCUAGAGGGGAGAAUUAACAAUCAUAUCCUGGGAGUUAAAGGGUUAAGCAGUCAUCCUGCAAUUCCCCGAGGGUGACUGUUGGACACAAGUUUGACUGUAAAUAACUAAAUUUUUCCCCUCUUAGGUAUCGUGCUUCAAUCUACCCAUGUCCAAACACUGCAACUGAGAGAUUAGAGGUUGCCACUGGAGUAGACACAAGGAUUGAAGAUCUUCAAAUGGUAAGAAAGUUUUCUUUAAAUUUUUUCUUUUUACUCACCAAUAUUGCAGGGUUCAAGUCUCCGAUUUUCCUCCAUUGAUUUAAUUAUUUAAAGAAAGGUCCUGACAUGUGUCUGCAGUUACAUUUAUUUUCCGUGGAGGGUUUCUUACUUGUCUUGAGGAUUUUUCUGUUGUGUUUCUUAAUUAUGGUUUAUAGAUUGUCUGUGCAGCUAUAACAAACUUUCAUGUUGUUUUAGUUGAAAAUUUUGCUCUACUGGUGAUUUUUCAGAAAAUGUUUACUGAUGAGGUUCAGGAACUCUCUGCCGAUGUUUGUGUAACUGAAUAUAUAUACCAGUAAUUUGAAUAUAUAUAUAUAUAUAUAUAUAUAUAUGUAUACAGAUAUAUACAUAUAUGCAUACCUGUUUUUAUAAUGUUGCAACAUUGAAAAUAUAUAUUAAAUAUAUAUAUAUCUUUUGUUUUCUUGUCAAAAAGUGUCUCUUUUUGAUGAGAAUAUAUAAGGUAUGCAUAUUUAAUAUACAUUUUCAAUGUUGUAACAUUUUUGAAAACAGGUGUGUAUGUACAUAUGUAUAUAUACAGUAGAGCCUUGCUAACUCAAAAUCCCAAGGAAAAAAACACUUUGAGUUAGCACCUGGGGUUAGAGUUAGCCAAUAGUAAAUGUUGAAAAGUCACAUAAAGGAAAUCAGAUCUUGUUAUAGUUAGUUAACCUAGUUCCAGUCAGGAGGGUUCUACAAUAUAAAUAUACCAGUAUAGUAAUAAGGGAAUUAACAUGAAUCAUUGGUUAAGUAAAUGCAACAGAAAAAACUUUGAACUAAAACUGGAACAGAUUUGAUCUAUAUACGACACACUUGUAAUUUUGUCUAGUUUACCAAGUUAGUAAAUAAGUUAUAUCUCAUGUUGUCAUUUUAUUGUCAAAUUUUAUUUCAUUCAGGUCUUAAAUGAGACAAGAGACCAUCGUUACAGCUUGUUGACAACUUUGGCAAAGAACAUUAGUCAGUGGUUUAUUAAGGUAUUUAUUAGAAAUCAUUAAUAGUUAACCCUUUAACUCCCAAGAUCUGGUUGUUAAUUCUCCUCUAGCUGCUACAUGUUUCCUCAUAAAUAUGUUACAAGAAUUUGGUGUUAGAUCAAGGUAACAAUUUCUGCCUGAUGAGUUUGAAUAUUCUCAUGACCUGUUUGCUGGAUAAUGUUUUGAUAUUAUUGGGAGAAGUUACUUGUUAAUCACUUCUGGGAGUUAAAAGGAUAAACAUGUAAUUAUAUAAUAUUAUGUUUUAAUAGUUUUACUGGUCAUUCAUUAUCAUUAGAAAAAAUCAAGAGUCUUAUAUAGGUAUAGAUGCCCCUGUUAAGUUCAUUGCCAUGUAAUUUACCAUACAGUCAGUACCAAAUUAACAUCCUGGGAAAGAUAAUGAGAUCUCACUACCAGAUUCAAAUAAUGAAAUAUUAAAUGUAAAUUUUGCAUUAGUUUAUUAGUACUUGUCAUUUUUUGUUUUGGUUCCCAGGUUAAAAAGAUCAAGGCCAUAUAUCAUACCAUGAACACGUUCAACUUGGAUGUUACUCAGAAAUGUCUUAUUGCUGAAUGUUGGUGUCCAGUGAGUGACUUGGACAAGAUUCAUCAAGCAUUGCGACGAGGCACAGAGCGUAGUGGUGCUGCUAUACCAUCUAUUCUGAAUCGCAUGGCCACUGAUCAGGAGCCUCCAACUUUUAACAGGACUAACAAGUUUACCCAGGGGUUUCAAGCCAUUGUAGAUGCCUAUGGAGUAGCAAACUAUCAAGAGGUUAAUCCAGGUGAUUCCAUGUGAUCGGUGUCAUUCAUGAUUGUGUUUGAAAUCUUCUCUUAGUUGUAACUCAUUAGCAUUUUAAGAACUUUACUCUUACUUACUUUAGUAAUAAAUAAGUAUUAUUAGAAUAUUAAGAUGACCAUUCCAAACUGUGUACUUUUGGUAGCUCAGGGGAGGGCGCCUAUUUGAAACGGGGUGCUUGCUAGAGACAGGGUGCUUAUCUCUUUUUUCAGAAACAGAAAAAUGUGAAACAAAGCUUUCAUUUGAUGUUUAGUUGGAAAGAAUAACAAAAACUGGAAACAGACUUGUUGACCCUGGACUCUUCUUAGCUAGAACAACUAGCCAAGCAAUCAUCACAAAGUUUUAAGAUGGGAUCUUUUGUUCAAAGGAACUUUAAACAUUCAAAGGGACGUAAUAGUUGAAAGACUGAGAUGGUCAAGACCAGACUGUUUUAGUCAUAAGGGACUAAGUGAGCAGUUACUGGUUAAAGAAGAUGAACCAUGGUUGAGUGGACUUCAGUGUAGUAUGUACUCUAACACUGCUAUAACUGAAACAGAACAGGGGCUCUAGGCGGAAUAGAGGUGCUUACUGGUAUAGGGGUGCUUAUUGUACUGAGGAUGCUUACUCAAUAGGGGUACUUAUUAAAAUAGGGAUGCCUAUCAAGAUAAACAAAUUUGAGGGGGUCACCCACAACAAAGGGGGCACUUAUAUAUUGGAAGGAGGGCACCAAAUCAAAUCAUUACAGAAACUGCGACUUGGCUUGAUAGCUAAUAUAUUCAAAUUGAUUUUUUUUCCAUUCCUUCACAUUUCCUUAGCCCUGUUUACCAUCAUUACCUUCCCAUUUCUGUUUGCGAUCAUGUUUGGAGACUGUGGCCAUGGCUUGAUAAUGUUCCUAUUUGCAUUGUGGUUAGUUCUGAAGGAAAAGAAACUGAAAAAUUAUAAAGGUGGUGGUGAGGUAGGUGUUACAUUCAGAGCCAAAUGUGAAAUGUUUUAGAUAAUCUGUUGGGCUUCAAGCUUCAAACCUCAAUGAUGGGUAUUGAAUUGACUCUAUGGUGUCCUAAUAUGGCAGUGAUUAAAUAUCAUUAUCAAAUGAUAAUGAUAAUUAACCUUCUUAUUUUCUUUCCAAUUAUUGCAUAUUGUCGUGAAGAUGUUUGAGACCAUUUUUCAUGGCCGCUAUAUCAUCUUGUUGAUGGGACUGUUUGCCAUGUACACUGGUCUUAUUUACAAUGACUGUUUUUCCAAGUCCUUCAACAUCUUUGGCACAGCCUGGGAUCUUAGUGUAGAUUGGGAUUCAAUCAGGUAUGAAUAAUGUAAGGGCAAUGAUCAGAAGUAAACAUUUUCUCUAGACACUGACAAUAGUUUAUUGAGGUACGCAAACUUUCCUGAAUAGUUACUAGCCCUCAAUUUUAAGGAAACAUGGCAAUCUAUUGUCACAGUAGUAGAGUGCUUUCCAUUUGGCUGUUGGAGACCAAAACCAAAAAUAAUCACAACUACAGCCUUUCAGAAGAAAGGAAAAUGCCUCUAAAACCCAAUGAGAAUUCAAACUUAAAACAACCAAACCAUCUUAAGCAUGGGAAAACCUUGGCAACCAUGUUGUAAAUGGUCUUAGUUUUGGAUCUAAUGGGUUGAGAAUGUGGCACAAGAUAUUUGGACCAAUCACAGAGCAAGGUAAGGCAGAGCUAAUACAAUCUUAAUUUACUAUCAACACCCAAUACACCUGAUUGAAAAUUGUUCUAACUAGAGAUUGUAUUCCAUUUAUUAGUAAAAAAAUAUCCACCAUGCAGUAAAGAAAUAUCUAUGGAUCUCUGCACUGUAAUGAAGGAAAAAAAAAUACAAUUAAUUUUCUUGCUUUUAAAUUUGAAUUGCCAUUUUGUCUUUUAGCGAGGACAACCUAAAUAAGUCAGUUGCAGGGAAAGAAGAAAUCUGGGUAGACCCCAGGAAAACAUAUAUAAGAGGGGUGCCAUACUUCUUUGGUAUUGACCCAGUAAGUGCAUAGUGAUUAAAAACAACUUUUACUAGUACCUAUUUUAGUAACUGCUCUAUAAGUCUUAAAGAUAAUACUUAUAGAGCAGUUUGCCAACUGAAAAAUACUGUCAGAGUAACUUUCUGUCCUUUCUUGAUAAAAUUAACAGACAAUUUGUAUCUGUCCUUCAAUGAACUACAAAUAAAGCAUUUCAUUUACACUUUUUAAUGCUUAAAACAAUAUUACUGAAAGUUUGUUUUAUCAAAGCCAUUUCUAAUGUUUUGAGCUAACAAUAAAAUCAAUGGCUAAAAAAUGUUCUGAAGAAUUUGCUGACUGUCAGUAACCAUAAAUCUGGGAAAACCAUGAACACUUCUUCAAAAAAAAAAAAAAAAACUUUAGAAUCUGAUUCUUCUUUACCUCUGCUUCAUUUCAGAUCUGGCAGCUGGCUACCAACAAACUUGCAUUUACCAACUCAUUCAAAAUGAAGAUGUCUAUUGUCAUUGGAGUGGCCCACAUGAUGUUUGGAGUUUGUCUAAAUUUCUUUAAUCACCGGUAAUGAAAUGUAGAUCUUAAAGCAACAAAAUAUUAUUUUAUUCAUAAAAUUUUUACAGGAGGGGUAGCUAGUAGGGCCUUGGUUAGCCUGUGACCCAGCCUUUGAAAUGUAGUGUCACCUAAAGACGGUGAAAUAAGUUCCACAUGAAAGGAAAUAACAUGGCCCCUGAAAUAUUUUAUCCAGGUCAUAGCAAAAACCAAGCACAGCAAGGUCAAAAACGAUCCAGGGCCAUUAUUCUCCAGUACAGCUUGAGCAAGGAAGGUGAGUGAGUAGAUUAUUAUUUGGCACUCCAUGAAACUUAUUUAUUUUCAAUUGAAUAUUCCAGCUUUUUCAAACAAAAAUACAUGGCUUAAUUAUGACUGUUUCUGUGGAUAUGGUCCAUGUGGCAAAAUCUUGACCAAGUAGGAACCUGUCAGAAUGCUCAGAUUUACCUUAAGACUUCCUAGCAAUAAAAUAAAUGCAGCAUCAAGGACUGCAGCACCUAUUCAUGGAAUAUAACUUGAACAUGUGUAGGGUACAAGUUUGUCCAGAACAGCCUCAGAAACUUGGCCUUUGUUUGAGAGACUAGUUGAAAAUUGUCUCAGAUAUUAUUAAUAUGCAACUUUUUUAUUCUCUAGACACUUUAACAAAUCUUUAGAUAUUGUUGCUGAGUUAGUACCCCAGGUAAGUGAAAUUGAAUUACUUAUUGGACGUUGAUUUUAUCCACAUAUUCUUCAUGGUCAAAACUCAAACAGAUAGACUUCAUGGCAGAAAUGAAAUUAUUUCAAGUAUAUAUGAAUUUUUUCAUGAAUAUACAGGCUGGUGUAAUAUUGGUCAAAUAAAAGGCAAAAUGCAAACGUUUUUUGUUUUUGCUUUCUGUAACCUGUGUGGACUAGAUAGUAACAGACAGUGCUAAAAAAUGCAAUAUAUGCAUGAGUGUGUAAGAUGAGGAAGCUAAUGUAUUUCCUGCAGUGUAAGUGUUAGAUGGCUGGCAUUGUGGGCAGCAGUAUGUUUUCCUUGCUUGAUUCGAAUACCUACUGGUAACUUAAAGAGCUUUAUGUUAACUGACCAGUGCUGAUCUUAAGUUGCUUUGCUUCUAUGCAUUAAGUGCUGCUUGCUGAUUUUUUGCUGUUGUUGCUACUUGAUGCCUACCAACAGCAUUGGUAAGAAGCUGCUCAUCUCUGCACCACAAAUCUACCCAUUAACCCUUUUGCUCCCAGGUGAGACCAGAUAGGAAUUUCUCCUUGCAAUGUCAUAUUUAAUUAGAAACAAAAUAAGCAGAAAGAAACAAUUUUAUUAACAAAUUUCAGAUACGAUAUUUGCUGAUUUAACACCAAAUUCUCAGUGCUAAGAUUACAUGAAAUGUAUAGAUGACGGUGGGGAGAAUUAAUCUUUAGAUUUUGGGAUUGAAAUGAUUAAAAGAUGGUUAAAUGGGAAUCACCGCUGGCAAGAUUUUCCAUAAAUGUAUGUCACUCCCUAACCCUUUCAUUCCCAAGAUCUCAUUUAGCUAUUCUCCUUACAGUCUGCUAUAAAAUUCUUGUGAUUUUAGCUUUGAGGAUUUGGUUUUGGAUCUUCUAAUAAUUCUCCAAUUGAGACUUUUCUUUAUUCUCAUCACUUGUGUGCUUGAUAUUGUAUGAAUAUUGUAAGAAGAAAUUCUUCCUUGGUCAUCAUGCUAAUCUCCAACCUGACCACCCUUUGCAGGUUUUUCCUGUCAAUAUGCAAACUUAUUCUUUCUGUUUUUGAGAAUCAUUCUCUUGAUCUCUUGAAUUGCAAAUAAAAGUAAACUUUAUAUAUAUACUGUCUAGUUCCUUAUUGUGGGUUGAAGCUUGUCAGGAUAAGGUUGAAGUACAAUCUUGUUCCUAGAGCUAGUAGUGAUCAUGUGAUCAACACUUCAGAUCACAUGGUUAUGGCCACAUCUUUUUCUUAGUUGUUUGUGUGUAAAAAUUCUUUCCUUGUUUUAUUAUUUUCAUUUUGUGUUUUUACUACAUUUAUGUGAUCAUUCUGAUGUCAGAAUUAAGAGAGUGGUUUCUUCUAGACAUUGUUGGUAGAUUGCACCAGCCAAAAGGAUUGUCAGAAGCAAAGGAUUGUCAAUAGCAAACAUUUUCUUGUUUUUUUUUUCUUCCAGAUCCUGUUUUUGUCAUGCAUCUUUGGUUACCUGGUCAUUCUGAUUGUCUACAAAUGGAUUGCUAUAGAUAUCAACAGUAAGAAUGUGAGUUAUUGGUGUCGCCCUUGGUGUCACACGUGGGCUGAGCUUCUUGUUGGUUAUCAUCCUUGCUUUAAGGGUUUUUCUGCAGGAUCCUCUGGUUUUCUCCUUCCACAAAAACCCCAACAUUCCAAAUUCCAAUUCAACCUAGAAACAGUGGACAAGAAGAGUCAACUUGUGGUCAGGAAUGUCCUUUGCUAAUUUCCCGUUUCCAUUUUAUUGGGAUUUGUUUAUAUUCAGUGGCAAUCUAGAGGAGUACCUUUCUAUUUCAAUAUAAAUUGUUUGUUGCUCAACAAACCACAAUCACCAAGCUUAAAAGUUUAUUUUAGCUACUGGAAGAUCACUUUAACUUGUAAAGCUUUGCUGCCACCUUAUUUGGAUGCAUUUUUAACAGCCCUGUACAUCUACAUAUCCCCUAUUUAACAACACUGCAAGUAAUCAUGUUUGGGGGUUUUUUAGGUCUCUUUUCCCAUGUUUCAAGCAAAUAUUUAAGUUUAUUGAUUUAAGUUGUGUACCUCUUUGUUCAUGCAAUGUUUGCUUGAUUUUGCAGCAACCAAGCUUACUGUUGGCACUCAUCAACAUGUUUCUGGAAUUUGGUUUAAGAAUAAAAGAUGAAAAUCUUCUGUACGAUGGACAGGUGCUCAAAAAUGGUUUUUAUUUUCACUGUAUAAUGCAUCUUUUUUGUAGUUUAAAUACUUGAGAUCAUUUUGUUGGCCAGAGCACUUUACUAAGUGUUUCGCCCUAUUUAAACUCCAGUAAGUGACUUAGAUAGAAUUUCUCCUUACAAUAUCAAUACAAUGUCUACAAUAUAAAGCAUGAGACAAACAUUGAGAAUAAAGAAACAGAUAAAUUAGGGGAUCAAUGGUGGAUCUAAUACUCAAAUUCUCCAACUUAACUUCAUAAGAAUUGUAUAGCAGAUAAAAAGGAGAAUUGUUAAAUAAGACAUUGGGAGUGGAAGGAUUGACAUUUUAAAUGGUGUUUCUCUGCUCUUAUGACAGGCUGUUGUUCAACCAUUACUGGUUGUUAUAGCAAUGCUCUGUGUUCCCUGGAUGCUCUUAACAAAGCCCUUAUAUCUCCGGCAUCGGCACAGAGUUAACAAAGAACAUGUAGGUCAAGUAAUUCCUGGCUAUAUCUUUAUUGUUUACCUCAUGUGAUGUAAAAAGCAACACUUGUAUGUUAUUGUGUAAUUGCGCAGAAAUCACUUUGGAUUUGAUUCUGGACAUUUCAAGGGGAAUUUCAUUGGCUAAUGUGUUUCCUGAUGUUUGGAAGCUUUAUUACAUGUGUCAAUCAAUUUCAAGCUUCCCCAGACAUUUGAACUUGUUAAGAUUCCUGUCCUCUGGGCAAAAAAUGUGUCCAAUACCCCACCUUAUUCUUUUGUAAAACUCAGCAAUUGUGACUUUCUACACAUUGACCAAGCUUUGAUACCUAGACUCUUCCGUACCAGUUGCUCUGGCUAGUGAACUAGAUGUAAAAUAUAACACUUUUAUUCUGCUGGAGAGCCUUGAAACGUCUGGUGUAUCUUUUUUAUGAGAAAACAAAACAUAUAUAUAUUUCAUGUAUACUUUCCAAUUGAUAUAUAUAUGUAUAUAUAUGUAUAUUUAUCUGCUUCUGUGUCAAACAUCUCCUUUUUUAAGGGUUAUCAGAGGUUAGGGCCAGGUAGCCCCAGUACUACUCUCUUGUCCGGGGAAAUGGAUGAUUCUGGAUUAGACUCUGGUGCAGUGGUUUAUCAUGACGGCUCGUUUCAGGAAGAUCAAUCACCUGAUGACCAUUGUGAGGAGGUAUGGGUGCUGUUGGAUUCAGGACUCCUUUCGGAAAAAAAUUCAGAUCAGUUUUCCUUUCUUUUUUCUGUUUUUAGUUUGAUUUUUGGGAAGUGUUUGUACAUCAGGCCAUCCACACUAUCGAAUACUGCCUCAGUUGUAUCUCAAACACGGCCUCUUACUUGCGACUGUGGGCCCUAAGUUUAGCUCAUGCAGGUAAGAACAAGAAAUCAGGUUUUCAUUUCAUCAAAGGUACGGUACAGUGUUGAUCAUUAGUUCAUCCUGUAAGGAUUCUUUAUACUAGUUGCAGAAACCUCCCUACGGCCUGAAGUCGGUUUUUUGUAACGAUCUGGAGGAAGAGCAUAAGGCAAGGAGAGAUUUCAACGUCGAAAAACCCGGGGCAAGACAGCGUGUGGCAUGUCCGUGAUACCUUUUACUUUUUGGCGAUCUCGGCCCAGCCCCCUAUCCGUUGAAAUGUCAGUUAUAAGUUUCCUUUCCUUCAAAACUCGUGGGACCGUCUUUUAAAUAGUACGCCCGUAUAUUGUUUUUCUGUGAGAACAUUAAGUAAGAAUUCGCCUAUACCUCCCCUGUCUUCUUGAUUUCAUCAAGAGUACCCCUUUACCCUCUUGGGAAGCCAGGCUCUGAUUGGCCCCCUUGGUCUGGAGACGGGGUAUUUUAGCGGAGCUCGUCGUGCACGCAGCGCAGCUCCAUAGUUAAAAAAACUUCUGAUACAACUGUGAAAACUAAACAUUUCUUACAUUUUAGAGCUGUCGGAAGUAUUUUGGAACAUGUCUCUUCGUCCAGCUUUCACAUUUACCGGUUGGCUGGGUUCUGUCGCUGCCUUUGUUAUAUUUUCACUUUGGGCAGGUAAGUGUGAAAUAACAUUUUACCAGACUAACCUAAUAAUCUUUCAUUACGUCGAUCGUUACGCGCGCGUAAGAGGAUAUGCGCGUAGGCUGUCUUAAAAUAAGAAGGGGCGGUUUCCAUUUAGAGAUCAUGGGAUUUUUGUAUUUAGGCUAAUUUAUUACAUAUCACUUUUUUUAUACUUAGUUGAAACCGUAGUCAUCCUGUUGAUCAUGGAGGGUCUGUCGGCCUUUUUGCAUUCGCUUCGUCUACAUUGGUAAGUUCAUAUCGCACUCUCUUACGUAUUUUCUGCUUUCCCACUCUAUUUUCUAUUCAUUCCUUGCUUGUUUCCGUCAACAGAGAAGUUAAUGUUCAUUUCUUACUUAAAGUAAUUACCACCAUCAAUAGGUAAACCAAACACCACAAAGAGGCGGAAACUCCUAACCAAGCAGAUCGUUUGGAGCUCGUAACUUGUCUUAAUUUAGGCGUAGAUUUUUGACUCAAACCCAGUCUUCUUAACAUGAGAGUACCAUAAUUAUAUACGUCUUUUUUCCUUCACAGGGUCGAGUUCCAGAACAAGUUUUAUCAAGGAACAGGCUACAAAUUUCAACCAUUCUCCUUCAAGUCGAUUUUGAGUGGUCAGCUUGAGGAAUAAUUCUAAUGUUCGGCUUCCGGAUAAGAACUUCAAAGUCGGAUUUAUUCCCGCCCGGUAUCUCAUAAGAAGCAUUCGAAGAGGGCGCAAUGAACGAAUGGAAGUUUUUUCUACUUUUUAUUUUGUCUUUUCUAGGUACUUUAUACCAUCCUCCUAUUUUCCUUAGUCUUUCGUCGGCUUUCAAAAAUUGGAUGCAUGAAGAUUUGGAACAGGGCGGAGUUUAUCAUGAAGUUCAUAGGAUAGUUCUUUAUAAAAAAAAAAAUUAAGGUUGUUAAAAACUGAAGAUUAUAUUGAAACGAAUAUACUCGGAAUUUUUCUUAAAGAGAUUCUUAGACAUUAAAUAAGCUCAAAAAUAUUUAACGUAAAAUGAUUUUUUUGCUUUAAGAGCGAUGAGAUAAACUCAUGCCUUAUUUAAAGAGGAUAUUACUCCAGAAAGUAUUUAUUAAUCGUCAUUAGAUAUGAAUUUAAGUUUGACUGUUACAUUAAGACUUAAAGUAAUUAACGAGUCUCAAAAAUGUGUGAAUUUUUUACUUUUUUAAUUUUUUAUUUUUUCAUCCUGAUAGAGUAACUCUAUCAAAGUUAAUACCUGAAUACCAGCGUAACUUAUUUGAAAAUGAUGCUUUGGUGUGUUGGUUUACUCACGAAUCUCACUCUGGUUAUUUCAAUUUUCGCCGAUGUUCUUGAAUGUCUAAGAACUAAUUUCUUUGGAUCGGUUAGUCCGUUUCGACGGCUCUUUGGUGUUCCCGCUUGAAGAUGAUUGCAAUCUAACUUAUGCAAGGGUAUAUAUGAUCAACCUAACUUAUGCAAGGGUAUAUAUGAUCAACCUAACUUAUGCAAGGGUAUAUAUGAUCAUGUCAUAGCGCCAAAAAAAGCAGCGUUGCCUGUUUUUCAGGCGCUUUAAUACAGGUUAUUUCGUCAUCCAAUUUGUAACACUGAAAUGGUGGAAUCCCUACAGGAAUACGUGCCGUUUUUUGUAGGCAUUUUCUCUAAAAACGGGAAUCGACUUCGACUUUUAUCGUCUUAUUCCUUUCUCUCCUAUAUCUCAUUAGUAAUUCCCCUUACUGUCUGCCUCUCAAUUCUCGUGGUGUUAGUUUGGAGAAUUUGGUAUUAAAUCGACUUAUAAUCUCCCAAUUGAUAUUUAUCUCUAUUCUCACCACUUGUCUGCUUGAUAUCGAAUUGACAUUGAGAUAUUCUGUCUUAGUCACUCGUGGGAGUUGAAGAGUUAAGAUGGGGAUUGGUUUUCAUGGCAACCUAGAGAGGAUGUAACAUUAAUGUGUCUUUUUUAACUGCGAAUGAAAGUCAGAGAAAGAGAGGGAAUCAUCAUACAUCAUUCCAGAUUAAUUUCCGAGUGAGUUCUACCAAUUUUCGGCACCGGCACUGAUGCAAUUCUGACCACAUUUCGAAAUUAGAAACAACUUUCAGAUGGCAGCAGGUCUCAAAACGGAAUAAAAACGUAAGUGGAUCAUAGAGGCCAGGGGUCUGGAAACGAGUAUGAAAAAUACUAUGCCCUUUUCGGAGAUAGGAACCUCAGCAAAGAUUUUAAGAUGACUCACUCCGUCCGAGGGAGGGCUCUUUGACUCACUGGCGCUGGCGUGAAACCUAUGAGGCACCUGAAUCCCGGUUUGCUGCUUCUUGUCCAGUCGGUAUGGCAUCUCAUCUUAUUGUGGGUUUCCCUUACUUCAACCUGUUAUAGCCCUGGAAUUUUUCAGCAUAGAAUUUUAUGAAGCAAGUAUCUAAAUUUUUUAGAAGAAUUCUUCAUCGUUUUCAUUUCGGACAUUUUCGGAAAGUUUCGGAAGUCACAGCAAGCUGCCGAGGACUAAUAUGAAUCAUGGGACAAGAAAAGCUACUCACGUGAUCAGUAUCGGAAGGCGGUGAGAUCACUGUUGUAACUUUUGUACUUUUCAGGUUCAUUUUGUCUAGCUGAACCCAAAAUAUACGUAUUCUUCGCUGCCAAGAUGUCUUCCCUCUUCAGAUCGGAGGAAAUGACACUGGCCCAACUUUUUCUACAGGCUGAAGCGGCUUAUUCUUGUGUCAGCGAACUUGGAGAGCUGGUAAGUCGAAGCUCUAAACUCGGCGCCAUCUUGAAUUUGUUACCUUUGCUUGCUCACCAGAACCUUUAAGAGCAAUGUUUAUCGGUGGUUUGUCUCAAACAUGGCUUAUUUUGUUAUCUCACUCUCAUGGUCUUGUUUUAUUUCUAUCCUUUCUAUCUUAGGGCCUUGUGCAGUUCCGAGAUGUGAGUACCAUCAUUACACUUUGAUCUUAAAUUAUCAACCAGUAGACAUAUUUCUGUUUGUGUGCUGCUUGUUGUAGUGAAACUCAAUUUUAAUGAUUAGUAUUCAACGAAUACAUGGCCAAACUAUGGAAUUUUUAUUGAUAUUUUGAUCAUUGCGGACAGAUCUUUGAAUCCUCAUGUUUCCUUCUCGAAAACACUUUUGCGCAGUGUGUUUUAGAAGGGUUUAAAGAAUCUCAUUCCAUGACCUACGAAAGCUGGUUGUUAAAAUAAUAAAAUAAAUCCUGCAUUUGUUUAAUUGUGUGUUUAAAUGUUCUCAUCUAUCAGUUAAAUCCAGAUGUGAAUGCCUUUCAACGUAAAUUCGUCAAUGAAGUCAGACGCUGCGAGGAGAUGGAAAGGAAACUUCGUAAGUGAAACUGUUAUUCAAAGUAGAGACUAGAAGAAUUUUAGUUUUUCGCGUAUUUUGACAGUACAACACUGUCCUGCAGAUUGAGAUAGUAUUGAUUACUUCUUAGCCCUUUAACUUCCGUGAGUGACCAAGACAGAAUUUCUCCUCACAACAUCCUAACAAUAUCAAAGACACAAUUGAUGAGAAUAUAGAAAAAGACAAUUUAGGGGAUUAUUUGUUGAUCCAAUACCAAAUUCUCCAUAGUAACAUCAUAAGAAUUGUAUGGCAGACAGUAGAGAGAGUUACUGAUGAGAUCUUGGGAGCUAAAGGGUUAAAUGUAUCUCUGACAUUUGGAAGCAGUUCCUUAGCCUUUCCACUCCUGGCAUCUCAUUUGUAAUUCUCCUUACCGUCUGCCAUACAAUUAUCAUUAUGUUAAUUCAGAGAAUUUGGUUUUGGAUCAACUAAUAAUCCCUUAGUUGAUACUUUUCUUUAUUCUCAUCACUUGUCUGUUUCAUAUUGUAUUAAUAUUGGUUGUAAGAAGGAAUUCUGUUUCAGUCUCUCAAGGGAGUGAAAAGCCUGAGACUUUGCAACAGAAACUAACCUUCCACAGUACUAUUUAAGGGUGCAAAUGAACAGUCUUGCUUUGUUUCAACAGGAUUUCUGAAGAAGGAAAUUGAGAAAGCUGAUAUCCAAGUUUCGGACACAGGAGAAAAUCCAGAAGCUCCCCAACCUCGAGAAAUGAUUGAUCUUGAGGUUAGUAGUGAGGAUGGGCACUUUUUCUAGGAAAUAUAAAGUAUGAGACUUCAAAAUUAUAUUCAUAUAAAAACAUAAAUUUACUGAAGAGUUUUAAUCAUAGCUCAUCCAUUUUUUGAAGGAACUCUUGUCUGAUGGAAUUUAAUUUCUUUAGGCCCAGUUUGAGCAGCUGGAAAAUGAAAUGAAAGAUAGCAAUGCGAAUUAUGAAGCACUCAUGAAGAGCUUUCUGGAGUUGACAGAACUCAAGCACAUCCUUCGCAAGACGCAGACCUUUUUUGAAGAGGUGUGAAUUUCUACAUGUAUUAAGUUGGUAUAUGUAUAUGUAAUCAUUGUGUGUGUAUCAUAUGUGUUCAUGAAUAUAGUCAACUGUUGUGAAAAAAUGGAACACGAAUCUCAGAACUGAACUUGGCGAACCUUAAGAAUUGAACCUUGCAAACCUUAAGAACUGAACCUUGAAAACCUUUAGAAUUGAACCUUGCAAACCUUAAGAACUCAACACUGUGAACAUCUAUGUCAUUUUUCAAUUAGAACCUACCUUGAAACCGACUAUUGCUUUUCUUAUCAAAGGGCGUGUUUAUUGACACACACAUAGCUUUCAUAUACCAGAAUUGAGUUUAAGCCUUCGAGAGAAGUUGUUUUCCAUGAGAACAGAUAGUUUCUUUUUGACGAGUUAGAACCUUGGAAUCUUAUAAAUCGAAUUAUUGGAGGAUACAGCCAAUAAAACCUUACAACUAUAGCUUAAAUCUCUAAUCCAAAAUGUGUAUAUUUCAGUUAAUUGCGGGAACACUUUUUAUAUGCAUGGUGGUUUCUUGAUACUUAGAAUCUAAAGUGGCUUAUACUUUCCACCAUUUGAUAACUUUCCACCCGUUGAACAGUUUCCCCAUGUAAAAGUAAUUUACUUUAAAUCUAUUACUGUGAUUGAUCCUGAGAACUUAUACAAAAUAUUUUAGCAUGCUUUGGGUUAAUAUUCUUUGUAUUCAGGCACAACUUUUUUUCCUCCCAAGAAAAAGCAUUUAGUAGAUAGAGUUAAGUUCAGUGAAAGCAAAAGUUUAGAAAUUAUUUAUAUCCUUCAUGUCUUCACUGUGAAUAGUUUUUGUCCUUCUUUUUCCAAAAAAGUAACCAAGACUAACUCCAAGUUGAUGCUUACACAGGUUGCAGAGCAUUCACAUGCAUAAAUAUGUAUACCUGUAAACUCUUUUUUGUUUCUUUGUAUGCUAGAGAGGGUAAAAGGUGCUUCAUUCCGUUAGUACUGUACUUCUUGUUUUUCAUCUUUAUUGGGUAUUUACAUAAGGCUAAUAGAUAUAAAAUAUAAAAUCAUUGAUAACCACUUCUGUUGUCAUACAAAUACUCCUCUAACUUGAAAACCAAAAAGUCAUUGUCUGAAAUAAUAACUGCACUAACCACAGAUUGCAACCUUUUUUUAAACUGUAUUUUCACUCGGAAAUGGAAACUAAACCAAUCUUAAUUCUGUAGUAUUUUUCCUUAAAUAGACACCAAAUUUUUACCGUCAAUUUUACAAAAAUCACCAAAGUCCCACCAUCCUCCCUCCCCUCAGCAAAAAGGAAAAUUUUUGAAAAGACUCUUCUAGAAGACCUGGCAUAACUGCUUUGAAAACUAAACUGAAAAUGCAAGGGAAAACUAUAGCAAUCUUACGAUUAUUACAAUCGGCAUCAGUAUGAUGUUAUUUGCUUUUGUAACAAUGAGUGACUUAAAGGUAAAACACACAUAAGACCUUUUUUCAUGGACAUCAAGGUGUUGAUGAUUAGAUUUGUGUGGCUUUACAGUGCACUUUAAGGGUAUAUAGCAUUAGAACAUAGUAUUGAUGGUUUUGAUUAGGCCGAACUCCAUGUGCAUAAUCAACAACAGAUCCAUGAACCGCAGGGUACUGAUGACAUGCAAGCUCUCCUGGGCGAGGAGCCAAGAGGAGGUAGUGCCACAGCAACAGCAACCCAGUUGGGGUAUGUGAGUAAGUUGUUUCUAUGGCUGACUCCAAGAGCAGGCAGGAGAAAUUGGAGUCUUGUGUUUUGAUUGUUUUGAUUGCAUUUAAUAGCUCUAUCCUGUGUAAUUUUGUCAGAUAUUUUUCAGAUAAUUUGUCAGUAACUAAUAGCUUGAUCAUAUAUUUAUAUAUAUGCAUACACAUGUAAUAUAUUGUUGACUAUUUAUAAGAGUGUAUGUUGCUACCAAAACAUGGCCCAGUUAGAUGAAAGGGAAUUGAAGUUGUAUAAUUUUGUCUCAGCAGUUACCUUUAAAUGUGUCUCUAUCAUUUUUGCUCUUGACCUACAUUGUUGCACAUUUGAUCUAUCACUUGUCUAGUUUUGUGACUGGUGUUAUAGCAAGAGAGCGAGUACCUUCCUUUGAGCGUCUUCUGUGGCGUGCCUGUCGUGGAAACGUUUUCUUCAAACAGGCAGAAAUAGAGACUCCUCUGGAAGAUCCAAGCACUGGAGACCAAGUCAACAAAUGUGUCUUUAUUAUAUUCUUUCAAGGAGAUCAGCUCAAAAGCAGGGUGAAGAAGAUUUGUGAGGGGUGAGAAAGUCUUUAUUAUUUGCUUAUACUGUGUAAUCUUUCCUGUAGUAGUAUUAUAGAUGCGUAUGCUUACUUUAUUAUACUCUCAAACACUGAUGUUGGAGUCCUUAUGAGCCUUAAUCCUGGGUUUAUCAUGUCAUACUGAGGAGUUUAGAGCUUCUUUGGUGAUUUCCAUCCACAGAAUGGAUUAACUUGGCCACUGGUUCAGUUUAAGUCUUUAAAUUUAUAAUAUGAGAUAAAUGAUGAACCAAAAAUUUUGGCUUUUUCCUUUUAGAUUCCGUGCUACGUUGUAUCCUUGCCCAGAUACCGCAGCGGAGAGGCGAGAAAUGGCCAUUGGAGUAACCACAAGAAUUGAAGAUCUUUCAACAGUGAGUAACAAAUACUAGCUGUGUUUGUAAUUACUGAAACUCUAUCAAGGGACAAUUUAUUGAUGUUAGGGUUAAGUUAACUUUGAUUUGAGGUAACUGUCUUAUGUUUUUCCUCACAUUUUAUCAAGGUAUUGAAUGAAACACGUGACCAUCGCCAUCGAUUGUUGAUGACUGUGGAAAAGAAUGUAAAUCAGUGGUUUAUUAAGGUAAUUAAAGUUAUAAUUGCAUAGGAUUUCAAACCCUAACAUCAGUAUGCAUAUUCUCUGUACUGUUCUUCACACAUUUCCUAAUGCACUCAUAAGGAGAAUUUGUUUAGCAGUAAAGUAGGUGUUAUGAGAACCAAAAGUUUUGUAAGAAAUUUACAUUAUUAUUCCAUUGUUUGAUUUCACAUUGCUAGGUCAAAAAGAUCAAGGCCAUUUAUCACACCAUGAACAUGUUCAACCUGGAUGUUACUCAGAAAUGUCUUAUUGCUGAGUGUUGGUGUCCAGUGAGUGACUUGGAUAGAAUUCAGCAAGCACUGCGGCGAGGCACAGAGCGCAGUGGUGCUGCCAUACCAUCUAUUCUGAAUCGCAUGACCACUCGUCAGGAGCCUCCAACUUUCAACAGGACUAACAAGUUUACCCAGGGGUUUCAAGCCAUUGUAGAUGCCUAUGGAGUAGCAAACUAUCAGGAAGUAAAUCCAGGUACUUGACUUAAAAAAAUUAUAACUUAGAGAUCAAUAUUCCUUUUUAUUGUGGUGUAUAUGUGGUCAUGUAAUUUCCAUUUAGAGAGGUAGUUAUAGCAUUAAGAUGUAUUUUAAUUUUUUCUUUCCAGCCUUGUUUACAGUCAUCACAUUUCCAUUCUUGUUUGCGGUCAUGUUUGGAGACUGUGGUCAUGGUUUGAUCAUGUUUCUGUUUGCCCUGUGGUUGGUUGUGAAUGAAAGGAAACUGGCAGGCUAUAAAGAAGGAGGAGAGGUAGACUUAAUUUCAGCUAAAGAAAUCAUUUUAGAAUUUUCUGGUGUGAUGUGUUAUUAAACAGAUAUUGUGGUGUAACAGGUAGGGUACUGGACUUUGGAUCAAAUGGUCCUAGUGGAAGAUUUGGCCCAGUCAUUGUAUUGUGUGUUUGGUCCAGACCUCUGACUCUCACAGUGCUUCUUCCCACCAAGGAGUUUAAAUGGAUCCCAGAGAAUUUUCAGGAAAGCCAGAUAAAAUUGAGGGGUGGGGGGAGGGUAGGGGGGGUAACUUUGGAUGAACUAGUAUCUCAUUCAGAAAGAACAGCAGCACUAAUUUUUGGCUCCUGCCAGAGAAACUAGAAUAAGGUUUGGCUGCAGAGACUGCCCAGCUCCAGGGCUGACAUGAGCUUAACUUAACCCUUGAACUCUCAUGAGCAACAAGGAAAAAACUUUCUCCUUACGUUAUCAGUACAGUGUCAAACGAACAAGUGAUGAGUUUAAAGAAAAAUGUCAAUAUGGAGAGUAUUAAAAGAUCCAAUACCAAAUUCUACAAAGGAGCAUCUCAGGAUAUCAAAGGAGUUUUUCAGCUGUGGAAGUUCUUAUCAUUUUUUGUGCUUUCAAGCAUUAGAAAGAUAUCAACUUGGUGCUUUUAAACAUUUCCUGAGAAAUGCAGUACCAAGUAAGUUGACAGAUCUAGAAUUUCCUCUCAUAAAUUGAUGUUGUUUCUGUCCUCAGAUGUUUGAUACAGUUUUCGAGGGACGCUACAUCAUCAUGCUGAUGGGAUUGUUUGCAGUCUACACUGGUCUUAUUUAUAACGACUGCUUUUCCAAGUCCUUUAACAUCUUUGGCACAGCCUGGGAUCUUAGUGUAGAUUGGAAUCCAAUCAAGUAUGUACAGAAUGUUUUUAUUUACCCGCAGAAUACAACUCAUGCAAGAUUGAACUAUUAAUUGUCCCUUCUUGCAGUUAUAUAUUUUAUUUUAGGUUUUUUUUAUUAUACCUUGUGAUUUCUUUACAUGUCUGAUUGCUGAAUGUGUCUUUAGCAAAAAGGCGUUGGACUCUUAUGCAGAGAACCAAGAUGUUAUGGUUGAGCCACAGCAGACAUACCGUGGGAUACCAUACUACUUUGGUAUUGACCCAGUAAGUAUUCCAGUCAUGUGUUGUUUAUGCUGGUUUUUUUUUUUUUUUAUUCUAUCCAAUUCUUCCACUCUCUAGUGUUUGUCUACAUGAACAUGUAUGAUAAUGAAACUAGGCAAAAUUACCACAAACUUUAACAAGCUGAUCAAGGAAAUUUAUACACACGUUAUUUUGGGUCCUUUGGUUAUCAAAAAUACUUUAGACAGUUCUAAGAAACCCUCAAAACGUUUUCUCUGGACACAAUUUGCCUCUUUUGCCUCGGUCACUUGAGUGUUAAGCAUGGAGAAUCUUCAUAUUAUGGAUUAAAAUAAAUAAAUGUGAGUUACAUUGCUCACUCCAUACCAAGGUGCAUGGUCAGGGUGUUUGUACAUCAUGUAACUUGAUAUCCUGCAGUAAAUUCAACAUUGCUUGAUAGAGGGAGGGGAAGUGGAAGAGAAAAUUUGGAUUUAUAUCACUUCAUAAUGUAACACCUGCAACUGUCCAUGGCAGUUGUGACUGUUUAUGUAAUGAAGACAAACUGUACAAAAAGUUGAACCUGUCUUAACCCUUUAACUCCCACAAGUGAUUAACAUAAAACUUCUCCCAACAAUAUCCAUACAUUCUUCAGCAAAUAAGUAAUGAGAAUAUUCAAACUUAUCAGGUAGAAGCUGCUCUCUUGAUCUAGCACCAAGUUCUCAUAACUAAUUUACAAGGAAAUUUGUAGCAGCUACAGGGGAGAAUUAACAAUCAGAUCUUGGGAGGUAAUGGGUUUAGGGGCACUGUAUUAAGUGGUUAACCUGUAUUAAGCAGUUGGUUAUCAAAAUCUGGAAAUUUUUUGGCUUAAUCACCUUAAUUUUCACCUAUAUUAAGCAGUCACUUCUAUUAACCCUUUAACUCUCAGAUCAAAUUUGUAAUUCUCCUCACUGUCCACCAUAAAAUUCUUAUAGGGUUGGUUCAGAGAAUUUAGAAUUGAAUCAAUUAUUAUCCUCAAAUUGAUAUUUUUCUUCUUAUCAUUAUCUGGUUGAUAUUGUAUUGAUAUUGUAAGGAAAAAUUCUGUCUUGGUUACCCAUGGGAGUUUAAGGGUUAAACAGUCAUGGUCACCUUUGAGUGAGUCCCAACAACCUGUUUGUAUUGUCUUCCACCUGUAUUUAAGUAGGACUGUGUGAAUAAAACUUAGAAAAAUCUUCCAAAUAUAAUAUUAUCCUUAUCUCUCUCCCUUAAUCAAUGUUAGUAGUAUUUUUGAGCAAGUUUUGUAUUAUAAGUGCUCAAUUAUUGCAUAUAAUGGUUUUUUGGUUUUUUUUUUAAUCUUUUUCUAUGUUACCUUGAUUUUUGGAACCUGUAUUAAGCACUCAACUUGUGUUAAGUGGUCAUCUUGUCAUUCCCCAUGGAUGAUCACCCAAUACAGGAUUGACUGUACAUUAAAAUACAUAAAAAUUGUGUGAACUGCAAAUUUAAAAUCUGUUUAUCUAUUUGUUUAUUUAAUUUUUUAAUUUGAUUUCCUUUAUUUAAUUUUCAGAUCUGGCAAAUAGCUACCAACAAACUGACUUUCACCAAUUCAUUCAAAAUGAAGCUGUCCAUUGUGUUUGGUGUGACACAUAUGAUGUUUGGUGUUUGUCUGAGUUUCUUCAAUCAUAGGUAGACAUUGACCUUAUCGACCUUAACCCUUUAAACCUUAAGGGUGAUUAGCAUGCAAUUUCUCCUUACAAUAUCACCUCUGAGUCACACAUUUAGGUCAUGAGAAUAAAGGAAAUGAUCACCAAUUAAAGAAGGUCUGGAUUGUUAAACAAAUCCUGCCUGUCAAAUUCUCAGGAAAUGUAUAGAGAACAGUAUGGAGAAUAUGCAUACUGAUGUUAGAAUGCAAAGGGUUACGUUGUUAAACACAAAGUACAGUUGUAGAACUCAGGUGUGGUGUAACACUUUACAUUUCUUGACUUUUGGCUAACGUUGUCUUAUUUGUUUCUGCAGGCACUUCAAUAAACCUCUGAAUAUCUUCACAGAGUUUAUACCACAGGUAGUUUUUUCUGUGUGAAUAAAAUAUUACUAAGAUUCGCUCCUUUUUGUUUCCAGAAAAGUGGUUUCUAGCACGUUUUCUGUUAAUACACGAGACAUUAUCAUUCCACAAUGCUUAUAAAUUACCUUAGCUUACCUUAGGUUUUUUUUGUUUUUUUGACAAACAAAAUUACCAUUGUUCAAGACAUGUAAGUCAACAUUUUGUUCCUUUGAUAGUGUUACAUGUCAAAAACUUAACCCUUAACUCUUAUGAGUGAUCAAGAAGUAAUGUCUCCUCACAAUUUCAGUACAAUAUCAAGCAGAAAAGUGGUGAGAAUAGAGAGAAUUAUCAAUAAGAGGAUUAUUAGUUGAUCCAGUACCAAAUUGACAGAACAAAAAUAAUAAUUGUAUGGUACAUGGAACUGUGAGAAGAAUUGCUAAUGAGAUCUUGGGAGUGUACCAAUCAACCAAAAAGAGAAAAAAAAUAGGGACCAGGUAGCUUGCAUUUUCUGAUGUUUUAGGCAAUUUGUUUGUUGUAAGUUGAAUUUCUAAUGGGAAUUACUCAUGGUUUCCUUGUGGUACUUUUUAUUUUUCUUUUGACCACGUUUUUUAUUUAAUGAAACUUGAUUUAAUUAAGUUACCCUUUUUUGUGAUACACAUAAUUUCCUUGUAAUUUUUUCCAUGAUAUCCAUUUUCUUUUUCCAGGUUCUGUUUUUGUUUUGCAUCUUUGGUUACCUGGUCAUUUUGAUCUUCUACAAGUGGAUUGCCAUCAGUGUUACUUCGAAGGGUGUAAGUUUUGUAAAACUCUCAUAGCCAAAUCGGUGAACUUAAUUCAAGAGUGUUCAGAGGUGAUCUACUGUAUGCCUUAGUUUUUACUUCUCUCUGGAAAGAAUUUUUGAUAAACACAUGCAUGUGUUAGGAUUUCCAGCCUCUGAAUGAUUUGAAUGAAGGGUUAAGAGGUGUUUAUAAGGAAUGAAGAGCAUGUAAUUUUGUGGAGAAACUUUCAGUGCAAUGUUCUCCUUUUCAGGAAGUAAUGAGUAAAUUUUAGCACCCAAAGUACCUUUUAAUACUGCCUAAAAUUGCUUGGAUAUCUUCAAAAUUCAGCAUGUGAAAGGAUUGCUCUAUCUGUUUGAAAAUUUUCUUACCUCAUCAAAGGAAAUUAAGUUUAAGUUUGCUGAUUGUAAGUGACUGAAUAUACUUUGAGUUAAAUAGUUUUAACGUUGAAUUAGCAUAAAUGUAUAGUUAGCCAUGCUCUUCUACAGAUGCAAAUUAGGCUGAAGUAGCAUUGUAACUCAGUUUUUAAACAGGACAUUGAUAUCAGGUACAUUUGAAUCCAUUUUAAACAAUCUAAAUAAGGGAUUGAUUAUGGCUAAAAAAUUAUUUUUGAUCAUUUGUUUUUUACAUUUCUUGUAGUAUCCAAGUUUGCUGUUGGCACUCAUCAACAUGUUUCUUAAAUUUGGAGGACCUAUCCACGGUUCUGAGCUUCUCUUCCCAGGACAGGUAGUUUGCAGGAAUCCUGUUAAACCAUCUAUCUCUGUAUGAGAUGAAGCCAAACAGGGCAAGGGAUCAUUUUUUCUCAACCAUGCUUUGUGAUCUAGGGACAGUGUGUUUGUAGGGCAUGGAAUAUUGGAGAAUUUCUACCUACUUUCCAGAAUUUUUUGGCUACUUUUCCUGGCAUAAAUCUAGGUUGUAUGAAGGCUGAUUAGCCCUAACUCAAAACUAACUAACAAACUAACUCUUCACACUAAUCCUGGGUUAUCUUAACCCAGCUUUGAACAACCUGGCCCUGUACUAACUUGUGCUGGAUUGGCACCUUCUACAAUCAAACAUUUUUGGCUGCCUCUGGGAUAGUAUCUUUAUUUCAUACAGCUGUUACCAUUAUGCUUUUGGGCAUUAGGUAUUUCUGCCUCUUGGUAUUUGAGCUUUGCCCAUCCCUACAAAGAAGAAAGGAAAAUUUUCUGAAUUACUUAGUAAGGUGGGUGGAAUCCUGACCAUAUAACUAAAGAACUGCCACAAAAAUGGGAAUAUUUCUUAGUUCCUUCAACACUGAAAAAGCAAAGUAUCACUAACUGUGUCUAAUUUAAUUUGUAUUUGUUCUGUAUUCUUAUCUCAUUGUUCUUUGUUUUCACUACAGGAUGUUAUCCAGCCUAUACUAGUUAUCAUAGCUGUAUUGUGUGUACCUUGGAUGCUCUUGGUCAAGCCUUUUUAUCUUCGACAUCAGCACAAAGUUGCUGAAGCACAAGUAAGUCUAAGAUUUUGUGGGUUGCACGUAAUUCCACAUACAAGCACAAAAAAAACUGGAUCAAUUGCCCUUUGUCAGCUUUGUUUUAUACUAAUGUUUGACAUUAGGUGUUGCUUUACUUAAGUUAGUUUAAAGUACCUCAUUUAUUCCAGUUUAUAAUGGUAAUAGGACCAAGUGGAGUCCAAUUCACUCUGCAAUCAUAUGCAUGAUAAACAAAAUUGGAUGAUUGCAAAGCAGGAGUCUGAUUUGUCAAUCACAUGCAUUUUGUAUGGUUCUUACUACUAAAUUUUUAGAGGAAAGAUGUAUAGAUGACAUUACCUUCAACAAGAUUUUGCUCUGUUACCAUGAAAAACAAAUAGGUUCCAUGUUGCUCUGGGUCUUUUCAGUGAUAGAUCAUCAAUGACACAAUCACCUCUGCUCCGCAUGCCAAUUUUUUUCUCUUAUCAUAUUUCAAUGUGUUCUUUGAUCUCUUACUGAACCGAGACAUUAAUUAGAUGCAGUUGCCAUCUACAAGUAUGGUUCACCAGUGAGUAUAAAAAUUAUAAUGAGAUUCUGACGUUAAAGAGCCUUAUAGUCUUAACAAAAAUGUGCUCUUAGGGUUUCCAGAGGCUGAGGUCCAGCAGCCCUCCCUCAUCAACAGUACAGAUUCAAGGGACAGAAGGGGACUCUGAAAUAGUCCAUCAUGGAGGCCAGGGACAGGGUGAACCUCAUGAUGAUGUUCACGAGGAGGUAAGGCUGUUGUUAGUUUCCUUUGGGGUCUACUCCUACUGGUUUGAAAUGCUGAAAUGUGUAAAAGGUUGCAUGAGCAAGAAGAUUUGUCAAGGUUUCCACAUAACCAUGUGUCUGAUUAUACUAAUGGUGUGCUGUUGAACUUUGAGCCAACCAAUCAAAAUAGUACUUGGAAUAACUUCUUUUUUUUAAUAAUAAUAAUAAUAAUAAUAAUUCUUAGUCUGUCUUUUUCAUCUUUGUUUUCUAUUUAGUUUGAUUUUGGGGAAGUAUUUGUACAUCAGUCUAUUCAUACCAUUGAAUACUGCCUGGGUUGUAUCUCAAAUACAGCCUCUUACUUGCGACUGUGGGCCCUUAGUUUGGCACAUGCAGGUAAGUUAUUGCAUUAGGCUUCUGUUCAAAUCUGUCAAGUUUCAAGAAAGAUGAUAGAGUGGAGACCUGUUUGCUCAAACAUAAAAUCUUGAACACAGUAGUAUUUCUAAAGUACCUUGCACCAUGUCUUAUGCACAUAAUUUAGUUCUCUCGUGAUAAUUAUGAUUUGAAUAAUUUCACUUUUGAUGUCCAAAACCUCCCCAUCUUGAGAAGCUAAUGCUUAAACCAUACCAACUGCUGAUGUUUUAAAAUAGUUUACUUACUGUACCUCUGUCUCUUUAGAGCUGUCUGAAGUGUUAUGGAGCAUGGUGUUGCAUUUGGCUCUGUCAUUUAAGGGAGGACUUGGAGUGGUUGCUUCCUUUGCUUUGUUUUCGUUUUGGGCAGGUGAGUGUUCGCAGUGGUUGUUUGAGCAAUUUUUUCAUCAUGGCCUCUUUUUCUGUCUUGCAUUUCCAUCUUUACAUUGCUUUGAGGGGGUUGGGAAGAAUGAAACAAAAUGUUUUGCUUGAUCUCUAAUUAUGCUGGCUUAGUUUAAUCUUUACCAGCAGACUACAACCCUGAGUAUGUGUUAGUUGAAGUUUCUGAUGUUAUCUGAAUUUUUUUUGCCUCCAGUACUCACUGUUGCCAUCCUUUUGAUUAUGGAGGGGUUAUCAGCCUUCUUACAUGCUCUACGUCUCCACUGGUAAGUUUUUAAAUUUCAAGGCAAGCAAAACUUUCAUUAUGUCUGUUGGCCCAGAUCUUGUCAAUCAAUCCCAAAUAUUGUUAUAAGUUGAAUUUGAAAAUAAGUGUGGUACCUUAGGCUUACUAUGCCCAGUAGUCUUGUAUAAUGGUAUACUGAAGUUGACCCUUAAACCCCUGAGAGUGACUAGCAUCUAAUUUCUCCUCAAAAUGUCACCCCUGAAUCAAACACAAAGGUCAUGAGAAUAAGGGACAUGAUGAACGACUAAAGAACUCAUGACUCUUAGACAAAUUCUCCUCAUCAGAACCUUAAGAAAUGUAUAGAGAACAGUAUGGAGAAUAUGCAUUCUGAUGUUAGGGUGUAAAGGGUUAAGUGGCUCCAUCACAGUGCCCCACUAGCACUGUGAUGGUUCGACCAAAAUCCAUUUGAAAGUUCUCAACUAAUUUGUACUUGUUAUUUAACAGCCCUAAAUUAUUAGGUUUUUAAAUUUCAUUGCUCAGCAACCAACUCAGAUUAAUACAUGUCCAACACAAAACCUACUGUAGUGUGUACUUUUGUAAUCUAACUUGAUUUCCUGUACUAAAUAAGUCAGUGUGAUGGUUAACAGAAAAAUGUGCGCUAAUUGUUAGCAUGACUUUUUAAUGAGUACACCAAAAGCAUUUUUGUAAAUAAUUCAAGUCCCAGUGUUGAUUUGUUUUUUUUUUUUGGUCUUUGUAGGGUCGAGUUCCAGAGCAAGUUUUAUCAAGGAACAGGCUACAAGUUUCAGCCGUUUUCUUUCAAAUUAAUAAUAAGCGGCCAGCUUGAGGAAUGA